AUGGACAACGAAGUCCCUCUGCCUCCGCCCCGGCGGAUUCGACAUCGUUCGCCGUCGCGCCUCUCACCCGCGGGCUCGGUCGCAUCGUCCUUUCGCAAAUCGCGACGGUUGUCGCGAUUGGACGACCGCUCCAGCCAACCGUCCAGUGAUCCGGCAUUAUUUUCGAGUGACGAUAUUCCCGCAUCCGGGCUGGAGAAUUACAAUGCGCCCGUGGCAGGUGCUGGGCGCAAGCGCCGGUAUCGCGGAACCUGGUGGGGAGAACAGGUCGUGGAUCCUAAGCGGAAGAGGGCUGAUUUCAGGGAGAAGCGCCACGUCGAUAGCGGCGUCUGGAUGGGGAGCGACGAUUCUGUCGCCGAGUCCUCUUUGCCCUCGGAAGAUGCGCCAAACUGGGGAGAAGAUCUCCUGAAGACUGUGCUUGAUCCUCGAGCACCAGGUAAAGCGUUUAAUGCGCCGUCGCUGCCCAAAAUGCCUGAUACAGCGUCAGCACCGGUGCAGCCUCGGCCAGUCAUUCUACAAGGGCCGGCCGAAUCGGAGGAACAGAAGUAUGCGAGAACAGUGAUCAAUUAUUGUCUUGAGAAGGGGGAAGAUAGCAUUGAUCUUGGGAACCUCAAUCUGAAAUAUCUUCCUCCGGGUCUACUCCGGCCCCUGCAGCAUCUAACUAAGCUGCCCUCUUUACGAGAGGCGCCCAUAUCUGAAAAUGCCUACUCCUCGCUGCAACCCUUCCUCCGCAUCUACCUCUCUAACAACUCCCUCACAACACUCUAUACCAGCGAGAUCUUUGAGCUGAAAGACCUCAAAGUCCUCACUGUGCGAAACAACAAGCUCAUGCGGAUCCCCGAGGCAAUCCGCAAGCUGACUGCGCUGCAAGUCCUCAACGUCUCCAUGAACCGGCUUGAUGAGCUCCCGUGGGAUCUGCUAUGGCUUCUUCAACAAGGUGAACUAAAGCACUUCACCGCACACCCGAACCCAUUCCCGUCGAUUGAGGAGUCUGAAAUCAUCGAGUGGCAUUGUCAAGCUGGCGAGACCAAUAAUGGAGAUGAUGGAGAGGAAGCCGAAGUCGAAGCUCUGAAAGCCCCUCCCCCUCCGAAAUUCCGCCAAUACGAAGGAUCACCUCCUGCUGAUGCAUGGGCUACUAUCCACGUCGCAACAGGGCCGGUGAAACGCUUGGACAUGGAAGGCAGACCCGUCAAGUACAGUCCACCGUUCAACGUAGCCGCGGCGUCAGAGACAGCGUCGAGAGCGCCGUCACUGCGCGAGGUCUCUCUCCGGGCGAUAUCCAAACUCGAUGGCAUUGAUCAGCUCACCGAUUUCGAACUGCUCGAGUUUCCGGCGCUCGUGAUCCCCCUGAUCUCGCUAGCGCGACAGGUCCGACAGGAAGGAUCGCAGCACUGCUCAAUUUGUCAGCGGGAGUUCAUCGUUCCUCGCGCGCAGUGGAUCGAGUGGUGGGACUGCAUGCCCUAUGAGAACGGCAUGAAGAGGCCCCGUGCCUCUGGGGAGAAGCUUAGACCGCUACCUUUCAAGCGAGUCAGCUGCAGCUGGGCAUGUCUGCCCGAGUUACGGCGUGUAGAAUAA